AUAAACAAAAUAAAAAAACAUCACAAUCCAAAAAAAAAAAGUUCUGCCUCGGGAUCGAGAGAUAAAUCAGAAAAUAAACUUUAUUAUUAAUUAGCGGUUCGAUUAUCGGUUUGUAGAAGUGCUCGGUUUAUUCCCCUGUGUCAGUGCUUCAAAAUUAUAAAAUAGAAUGUGAUUAAACCUCAGAAGAACAGGCGCUGCAGCGGCUUCAACGGAAUUCAGUGUCGCUUAUCACAACAGCAACAGCACGUAAUCAACGCAGCUGUCUGAUAGAGCUGAAGGUUUCGGUCGGUGAUAAUGCUCACGACAAAGUACUUCUUUCUCCUGAUUCUGAUCGCCGCCGGGUUGGUCUUCAUCGUACUAUUCCACUGGUUUGCAUCCAACUAUGCGCCGGAUGAGCUGCGGACGAUCGGUAACUCUGACCGGAUGUUCCGGAACAGUGCCCGGCACUGGGAAACGAUGAUCAACCAGGAAGACCCCGCCCUCAAGACAAUAAACUUUGACGAGCAGCUGGUCGUUAUCUACAAUCGAGUCCCGAAGACCGGCAGCACCAGCUUCGUCAAUCUUACCUAUGACCUCUGCCGAAGGAACGCAUUCCACGUUCUCCAUAUCAACAUUACGGCCAACAUGCACGUGAUGUCCCUCCCGAAUCAACUCCGAUUCGUGCGGAAUGUGACCGCGUGGGACGCCAUGAAGCCGGCCUUCUACCAUGGCCAUUUGGCGUACUUGAACUUUGCCAAGUUGGGCGUUCCGGCGGCCAGACCCCUUUAUCUGAACCUGGUCCGCAAGCCGCUGGACCGGUUAGUAUCCUAUUACUACUUCCUGCGGUACGGGGACGACUACAGGCCACACCUUGUGCGCCAUCGAGCCGGGGACACGAUGACGUUCGAUGAGUGCGUCGCGCGGCAAAAGCCCGACUGUGACCCGGCCAACAUGUGGCUGCAGAUUCCGUUCUU